GCUCGUACAAAAAAGUUUUCUAAAACCUAUUUAGUUAGUUUUAAGUUAUGGUUCUCUUUAUUAAGCUAUGGUUCAAUUGGUGUAGGUUUGGUGGGCGGCUUUUGUUUGAAAUUUAGCGCGUUCCCCACUAAUAAUGUUUGAUUCUUCUAAUGACGACGCCUCUGCAAAUUACUUGAUUCCAAGAGCUGUAAUGAAUGCUUGUUUGGUGAAUGACAAGCUGAAUAUAUGCCAUAUCAACGUUCAGAGCCUCUGUGCUCGCCGUUUUUCCAAAUUUGAAGAACUCAAACUAAACUUUAUUACAAGCAAAGUGGAUAUUAUCUGUUUAACAGAAACCUGGUUGGAUGAUUCCAUAACUGAUGCAACUAUUGAAAUACAAGGUUACAACUUAGUUAGACAAAACCGUAAUCGGCACGGUGGGGGUGUAUGUGUAUACUUUAAGCAAAAUAUUAGCUGUAAAAUUCUUAAGAAAUCUCUUGGUGCAAUUUCUACCAAUGGUCGUUAUGAAACUGAUUUUCUGUUACUUGAAAUGCAAUUUAAUGGAAAUCGUUUUGUUUUAGCUGUGUACUACAACCCGCCACAAAGUGAUUGUUCUUACCUACUUCGCACCCACAUUGAACAAUUUUGUUUAAAAUAUGAAAAUUCAUUUUUUAUUGGCGAUUUUAACACUGAUAUUCGGAAAAAUACUAGAAAAACUAAUGAUUUUAUAGAUACAAUCGCUAGCAUGUCGUUUUCUUGUGUCAAUUUUGAACCUACUUUUUUCUACAAUGAUGGUUGCUCUCUUCUUGAUCUUUUAUUGACAAAUUCACCAGAAUUGAUACUCAAAUUUAAUCAAGUAUCCAUGCCCGGAAUAUCGGCUCAUGAUCUAGUGUUUGCUACUUUGGAUUUUGAAAAACGUGUUGACCUAGACGGUUAUUGGUAUCGUGAUUACAAUAAUUUUAACAAUCAUGCUUUCGAAAAUGCAUUAUCGCGUCUUAGCAUUAAUGAAUUUCUUAGCAUCGAUGAUUCUGACAUUCUUCUCAAUACUUUGAACAAUCAUAUGUUUAUCUUACAUGAACAAGCUUUUCCAGUAAAAUUCAAGAAGUCAUUUUAUAAAUCUUGGUUUAACCCAGAUAUUGAAAGAGCUAUAAUCAACAGAGACAUUGCUUAUAAUGCUUACAAAAGAUCAAAAUCACCAGAACAUCGCACCAAUUACAACCGUCUUAGAAAUGUUGUGAAUUAUUUAACUAAAACUGCCAAACGUGAUCACGAUCGACAACGUAUCAACUUAAAUGUUCCAGUUAGACAAAUGUGGAAAAACAUAAAAAAAUAGGAGUCUCUAAAAGUAAAAACAAUAACAUUGAUAGCACCCAUUCAGCGGAAGAAGUUAACAAUUAUUUUGCGUCUAAUUAUAGUGAAAGAAGAUCGUCUAGUAUUCACUAUUCUCAUUCAACAGAUAGUUUCCAUUUUAGGCAAAUCCACAGUUAUGAAAUAGUAGAUGCAGUUUACUCAAUCAAGUCUAAUGCUGCUGGUCUUGACAAUCUUCCGAUUUCAUUUCUAAAAGUUGUUCUUCCCUUUCUACUGCCAUUUUUUGAACAUCUCUUUAAUACUAUCGUAAAAACAUCCAAUUUUCCAGCACUUUGGAAACGUGUUAAAGUGAUUCCAAUAUACAAAAAGAGUGGAUCUUCAGAAAUUACCAAUUUAAGACCAACAAGUUUGCUAUGCACCCUCUCAAAAAUUUUCGAAAAAGUAAUAAAAGACCAAAUUUCACAUUACAUUACUGAAAUGAAUUUCUUACAUGCCUUGCAAUCUGGGUUUAGAAAAAAUCAUAGCACAGAAACAGCACUAAUGAAAGUUCACGAUGAUAUUGCGUUAUCUGUUGAUAAAAAAUGUGUCGCUGUUCUUCUGCUGAUUGAUUUUGCCAAAGCAUUCGAUCGCGUUUCUCAUGUUAAGCUUUUGAAUAAACUUAUUUCUUUGUACAAUUUCUCAAAUGCUGCUACGAAAUUGUUAAAAAGUUACUUAACAGAACGUUACCAGG